AUGCUAUCCGGUGACAUCCACCAGUGUCCCGGUCUGAUCAACAGCCCAACAAAGGAUCAAGCCCUCGUCACAACCGCGAACAGCAGGAGCACCCCCGUUAACCUACAGGUACGAUCACUAUGUCUACACCACACAUCUGAGCAACAAACUCACCUGACUUUCUUCAUCCCUCCGGCGAACGCUGUGGCGGCGCCGACAACCGUGACGAGCGCGGCGACGGGCUGGACGGAGUCUUCAGGGACCACCGGGCAUGGCGUCCUCACCUGGGACCACGAAAGGUGUGUGCUAGCUCCGCUUCGGAGACCUCCAACAUCAGGGAAACGCGCUAGUGGAGCUACCUACGAGGAUUCCCACGGACGGAGGCCCCAGCUGAGGUCGUCAUCUGUUUCAGAUGCGCCAGUCAACAUCCAAAUGUAUGCGGAUGACACAGUCCUGUUUGUUCAAGGAUCCUCCAAAAACGAAGUUGCCAUCAAACUUACAGAUGCUAUGAUUAAAGUCACCAAAUGGUUGAGUCAGUGCUGCCUUCAACUAAACGUGUCCAAAACAGUUGGCAUGUACUUCACCAAAAGUGUCAACUCCACCACAAACCCUGACAUAUUUAGUCUACAGGAGCUGGUGGAGGAGAACCUGCUGCAGACCCUCCCCUCCUCCCCGUCCUCCCCCGCCUCCCCUCUGUCCCGUCAGCGUUGGCCUCACCCGCGUCACCCCGGGGUGUUGCCUCAGCCCGAGCCCCUCGAGGACCCCGCUCCCUUCAUCCUGGACAUAAGGAACUUCCCCGAGCUCGCCAACGCAGACAUGAGCUCCCAGAACCCCAACAUCCAGGUCACGAUCGAGGUGGUGGACGACACGCAGCCGCAGACGGAGGUGGAGAUGGAUUUAGCCAAAGAAUCUCAAAGAAACGACUGGUCCGUCUCUUCGUCCGAAUGGGCCAAUAGUCACAAGAAACUGUUCUGGCCCCUGUUUUGGGAGUACCCCGAUCGCCACGACAACAGGCUGGACGGGUGGGACAGUGCGGAGGAGCAGGACCUGACCUUUGACCCCGAAGAGCCAGCGCUGAGUGGAAUCGGAGGAGACUGGGGCAGCAACUGGAACAAAGAGUGGAGAGAGAACUAUGAGUAUGAGGAGUGGAGUGAGUGGGCUCCCUGCAGUGUGAGCUGUGGACAGGGCUCUCAGAAGAGGACGAGGUCAUGUGGUUACGCCUGUGUGGCCACAGAGUCCAGGACCUGUGAGCUGAGGAGCUGUGCAGUCACCGUGACGCCAGCGACUGAAACGACGCCGCUUCAACCGACCAACAGCAGCGAGUCCCUGGACACAAACGUCGACAGCUGCGAGAAGUGGCUAAGCUGCAAGAACGACUUCCUCCAAAAAUACCUCCACCAAGUCCUCACCGAAUUACCCAGCUGCCCCUGCUCCUACCCGUCUGAAGCCGUGUACAGCGCCGUCAAUAUCCAAGACCCCAAACUACGCAAAACGUAUCGAUGGAGAGACGCCAGUGGCCCCAAGGAGCGCCUGGACAUCUACAAACCGUCGGCUCGAUUCUGCAUCCGCUCAAUGCUCUCUUACGACAGCACGACGUUAGCCGCGCAACACUGCUGCUACGACGAACAAAUGAGGCUAAUCACGAGGGGGAAAGGGGCGGGGUCACCGAAUUUGAUAAGUACGGAGUUUUCGCCGGAGUUGAAUUAUAAAGUCGACGUCCUGCCGUGGAUUCUGUGCAAAGGAGACUGGAGUCGGUUUCAUUUGGUGCGACCUCCCAACAACGGGCUGGAGUGCGGCGCGAACCCCGACGAAGACGUGUUCCAGAUCGAGUUACAGGAAGCGAGGGAAUAUUGA